GUCCAGGCUGUACAAAGGCCGCAAUGCGAGGAUUUCCAGGAGCAAGAAGAUGGAGCUGGACAGCACGAGAGCUCAUGCCACACGCAGCGCUCUCAUGCUCGCCCACGGCAGCUUGGCACUGCGUGCCUCCAAGGAACAGCUGCUCGCCCACCUGGAGGGAGACAUCGUGGGCAACAUCCUGAUGCUCUACAGCUGCAGCUGCCGGGACUUGCAGAACAACCUCGCGCUGGUGCAGAGCAUCACCGACUUCAGCUCUGCCUUCCAAGGUGUGGGUGAUUCUGCGUGCUUUAACCCCUCCUUGAAGGGAAAGCUUCUGGAGAUCCUGAUGGUGAGUGCCUAGAGACAGGGCUGU